AUGGAAACACUGUCAAAGGAGUUCCACUUCUCCGCUGGCUCAAGGAAAGGUCGCGUCGACCGCAGCCUCAGCGCUCAGCCUCUACAGCUGUCACCACUUCCUCGUGAAAUGCUUGUCGAGAUUAUGAAGAAUGUGGAAUGGGACGAUGUUUUGAUUCUCAGAAAGGUCUCUCAACCUAGCGUCGAAAGAACGCGAGGUCUGGUGCUCACUUUUGAAGAGAUACUGCGAGACCACAUUUCCGCGCCCAUUCUUCCUGUCAAAACCUUUACAACACUCGACACGCGAAGAGCUGGAGGCUUGAAUCGUCUAUACGGACCUUUGGCGGUGUUACCCGGCAAUCACUUCUUUCUUUACGGGUCGAACGAAGGCACCGUGCACUACGGCGAUCCAUUACACCUCGCCUCCACUCUCUCCCCCCUUCUCCCCUCACCAUUCGAAGGACCACUACCCGUUGGGACUUGCAUCAGCUUGGAUAUUCUGGCCACUCAGGGCAUUCCCAUCGACCCAGACAUCCCUGUGGUCGAUGCCACCUGGGAAUCGCGCCUUUUCCCUCCCACUUUUCGCCUUGCCGUCUGCCUGACACAAUACGAAGCAGCCUUCAUUGAGGUUUACGAUAUCACAGCUGAAGUUCAAGAUGGCGACGUUCGAUACUCGAGCACUCGACUAAAGUCCCAUGCCCUCACAUCCCGGAAAGAGACUGUGAAGACGUCUAAACCCUGCUCACUGCUUGGAAAUCAUCUUGCGUACGUUGCAAGGACGAAUGCUGUGAGAAUCAUCGACUGGACCUCGUUCGAUCCACAGGACCCCAUGGCUAGAAUCUGUCCCCCAAACUUUGUCUCGUAUCUCCUUUUACUCCCCAAUCGCAGAAUUUUGAUGAUGAGAGGUACCGUCAUCAUCUGCGACUGGGAGAAAGGUAGAAGGUUGACUACUGCCAACUCACCGGACGCGUGGUCGGAGCCUGAGUGGGAGUCUUCAGACUUCUUCGUCACACCCCAUCCAUUUACAAGCCCCUUCUACAUUCGUAGGUCCAUACGUCUGGUCCUGGCAGGGGGAGACAAUGUCCUCCUUGGCCUGACCAUUCCAGUGGAUGUCGAGAAACGACUCGCACCCUCUGGUAACGGUGUCGCCACUGUCCGCCUUUUGGAAGCCCCGAUACCCUACGGAUCUUACAGAAGAUGGUUCGGCUAUCGUAAAGGCGCAUAUCUUGAUCAAGACGACGAUAAUCUUGUCUGUUACAGAUGGCCUGAUGACGACCUCCCCCCUCGCUCCCACCAGUCGGCCAGACUUCCAGGACACUUCUGGGAUUUUGCAUGGCUGUUUUGA